AUGUAUUACAGACGCUGGAAUGCUCACCAGGCAAUUCUCAUCGGGGAGAGAGCCUCUUUGAUAGAAUUUCCAUCGAUUCUACUCCCAGCUGGCGUUACCACUGGGUCAAUUGUUAAUAUCGCCGUUAACAGAAACCAACUCGCAGAGAAGGAGCACGCUGAAGCAUUUUGGGACUUACAAAAGAAAAUACUCAACACUUACGGCAUAGACUCUCCAAAAUCUCCAGUUUUACGCGUUAGAAAUACAACUCAAACUUCAGUUACGCUCGAAUGGGAUGAUUUGGAUCUGGCUACGUCAUCCCUCAGGUCCCUAGACUUGCUUAGGAAUGGCCAAAGACUGUGCGCUAUUUCCAACCCUAACAACAAGACUUACAAGAUUUCUGGCUUAUCACUCAACUCUGAAUACUCGUUCCAACUCAUCAUGAGAACUUCCGCAGGUGUCUAUCCUUCCGAACUGGUUAAAGUUAAGACACACUCUAUAACCGACACUACUGGUAUUAGAGUCGCUAUUGGCGCUAUAUCCGACGAGAAGCUCCUCGAGUCCUCCAAAUCCGCAAUCGAUGAAAUGGGCGCUGAAUCUGACGAUAAAGUCACCGUUGACACAACUCACUUUGUCUGCUCAAAACCUGGCCCUUACAACCUACCUGAAUACCAGAAAGCUGUCCAGUUGUCUAUACCUAUUGUUCAACCACAAUGGCUCCUAGCUUGUCAUAGGGAAAAGAAAAUGGUCAACAUUAGCUCAUUUUACCUGGGCGGUCCUAUGCCAAAUAUCAAGUUCGAAAGCAGGUCAUCUUACAAUCUAUCUCAGUCUGGAAACCCCGAUCACCAAGAUAGAGCAGCAGAGGCUGGAACUAGUGACCAGGUUGAUAAUUUUGAACAACCCCAAUCACAAGAAAUACAAGAACAAGAUGCAGAACACACAAAGCAAGCGGAAGAAACGGUAGAAGAUGCUCGUUACACCACUCCACCACGCCAAACCCAAAUUUCACCAACUGAACCAGAAGGCGGUGCCGUUGAGGGUAUACCGACAUCGAAUGAAGAUGAUCAAGACACAAAAACAAAAAACGCAGUUAGGAAGGAGAUAGAGGAUGCUGAAAAACAGGCCACUGAUGCCGCUUAUGGACACGAAGAUGAAGAUGUCGCCGGAAGGGAAGGAAGAGAUGAUAUGCGAACAUUUAGUUUCCCGCGCGUCACAGCCGUGCCUGAGAACGAGAUGAGACCGUCAUCCACUCCACCAGACAUUCGUAUCAUCAACGAAGAUGGCCAGGAGCAGGUUUUGGCUGAAGGUUUGACUGAUUAUGGAUAUGGUGAGGAGAUUGAUUUGAAUGAGGGGGAGUAUGAGCAUGAGCGCAAUGGUGAUGGUGAUGAUAGUGCUAGUGAUAGUCAAGAAUAA